CCCACCGCCCUUUCGCGCCCCGCACGGGCCCGCCCGCGCGCAGCAUGGCUCCCCCUGCGCCCGGAGCGCUGCCUCUCCUCAUCCUCCUGCACCUCGCCGCCUCCUCCAAGCUCAACACCCCCAAGGUGCUGCUCCCAUUCACCCGCGGCACCCGCGUCAACUUUACGCUAGAGGCCAGCGAGGGCUGCUACCGAUGGUCCUCCACGCGGCCGGAGGUGGCGAGCAUCGAGCCGCUGGGGCAGGAUGGCUGCCGCUGCUCGCAGAGAGCUCUGGUCCAGGCGCGCUCCUCGCAGCCCAUGCGCCUCACUGCCAUCAUCUCCGCGGAGGAUACACUGACUGGACAAGUGCUUCGCUGUGAUGCCAUCGUUGAUUUAAUUCAUGGUAUUCAAGUUGUGUCCACAACAAGAGAGCUCUACCUUGAGGAUUCACCACUGGAGCUCAAAAUUCAUGCUUUGGAUUCAGAAGGCAACACUUUCAGCACUUUGGCAGGGUUGGUGUUUGACUGGACAGUGGUGAAGGACCCGGAGGCUGGUGGCUUCUCAGACUCCCACAAUGCUCUACGUAUACUUAAGUUCUUAGAAUCCACUUACAUCCCACCUUCCUAUAUAUUGGAAAUGGAAAAAGUUGCCAAGCAAGGAGAUACUAUUCUGGUGUCUGGAAUGAAAACAGGGAGUUCUAAAUUAAAGGCAAGACUUCAGGAAAGCAUCUAUAAGGAUGUACACCCUGCAGAAGUCAGAUUACUUAUUUUGGAAAACAUAAUUUUAAAUCCAGUAUAUGACAUUUAUCUUCUGGUAGGAACAUCAAUUCAGUACAGAGUUCAGAAACUGAGGCAAGGGAAGAUCACGGAGAUAGCAAUGCCAUCAGACCAGUAUGAGCUGCAGCUUCAGAACAACAUCCUCCAUCCCAAGGGAGAUUCCUCCCGGCCAGUUGCCAAGCUGGACCAGGCAACGUCCAUUGUGACUGCAUUGCAGCAGGGCCAAACCAACCUCAUCCUGGUGCACAAGAGCAUCCGCAUGCAGGGGGUGUCAAGGCUUCCCAACAGCACUAUCUAUGUGGUACCUCCAGCAUAUUUGGGAUUUACGGUUCAUCUAGGUGACAGAUGGGUCCUGGAAACUGGCAGACUUUAUGAAAUUACAAUUGACGUGUAUGAUAAAUCAAGUAAUAAGGUGUAUUUGUCUGAUAACAUCAGAAUUACUACACAGCUGUCCAAAGAAUACUUUGAGGUACUGCAGUCCUCUCUGAAUGGAUCUUAUCAUCAUGUGAUGGCAGUAAAGGCGGGUCAGACCAUGAUUGAUGCUGCACUGACGUCAGUAGUUGAUCAGGAUGGAGGUGUUCAUACCUUACCAGUUCCAGUGCGAAACCAGCAGGAUGUGGAGAUCUAUGUUCCUGUAUUUCUUUUACCCAGCAUUCUAAUGUUUCCGUGGCAGCCAAAAGCAGGAGUCUACCAGUACACCAUCCAGGCUCAGGGUGGAAGUGGCAACUUCAGCUGGUCCUCUUCUAACCAGGCAGUAGCCACAGUGACAGUCAAAGGUGUAAUGAUCACUGGGAGUGAUGCUGGGGUCAGCAUUAUUCAGGCAUUUGACGUUCGGAAUCCGUUGCAUUAUGGAGAAAUGAAGGUGUAUGUGAGCCAGCCCAGUGCCAUGGAGUUCACUUCCUGCCAGGUGGAAGCACAUGUGGGGCAGGUGCUGGAGCUGCCCCUGAGGAUCAGUGGCUGGACCAGUGUGGAUGGGGGCGAGCUGGUCCCCCUGAGCGACUGCUCACACCUGGAGCUCAUGGUGGAGCUGGAGAACCCUGGCGUGUUCAGCCCACUUGAAGGAAGGCUUAAGCCAACUGCUGAUUUCUGCAGUGGAGUGAGAGUGAAGGCUGAAUUUCAGGGGUACACCAGGCUGGUGGUUUUGUACACCCACGGGCACGUGCGCCUCAGUGCCAGCAUUGUCAUUGCUGCUUAUUUCCCACUGAGAGCUAUCGAUCCACCAUCUGUUGCUUUAGUGACUUUGGGUUCCUCUAAGGAUAUUUUGUUUGAAGGAGGACCGAGGCCAUGGGUCCAAGAACCUUCCAAAUUCUUCAGGAAUGUCGCUGCUGAGGAUCCAGAAAGCAUUGCCCUCUCUUUACUUGAACCUCCCACAUCUCGAAACAACAACCAGCACUGGGUUAGGGUGCUGUGCAGGAGCCUGGGAGAGCAGGUUAUUACCUUAACAGUUGGGAACAGCCCCACAGUCACCAACCCUUUCCCAGUGGUUGAACCUGCUGUGGUGAAGUUUGUCUGUGCUGUCCCUUCCCGGCUGACUUUGAUUCCUGUUUAUGGCAGCCCUCAGCUUGAUCUCUCCUGCCCUUUGCUCCAGCAGAACAAGCAAGUGGUUCCUGUUUCCAAUUACCGCAAUCCAGUACUGGAUUUGGCUGUCUAUGACCAGCAAGGCAGAAAAUUUGACAACUUCAGCUCUCUAAGUGUUGUGUGGGAAUCCACAAAUAAGGCCAUUGCUCAUAUUGAGCCAGAGCUGCCAAUGGAGCUGACUCUAAAGGAAGAGGGGAAUGGUCAGAAGAAAAUGCAUGGCUUACAAACUGUGGUAGUUGACCGUGAGUUUGGAACUGCUGCCAUCUCUGCCACUGCCACUGGAUUCCAGCAACCCUACCUGAAGGCAGCCAGAGCCAAAAUACCGCAUGAAGCUGUGCUCCCAGGGCCUGCCACCCUGGAACUGAUGCUAGUGGAAGAUGUGAAAGUGAGCCCUAAUGGGGUCUCCAUCUACAACCACCCUGACAUUCAGGCAGAACUUCUCAUCCAUCAAGGUUCUGGAUAUUUUUUCAUUAAUACCAGUGUGCCAAAUAUUGUAAGAGUGACACAUGAGGAGACUCAAGGCAUUGCUGUGGUGCAGCCUCUGCUCCCAGGAUCAGUGACUGUAAUGAUUCAUGACCUGUGUCUGGCUUUCCCUGCCCCAGCUGAAGCUGAAAUUCAUGUCUCUGAUAUCCAGGAAGUGUAUGUACGAGUUGUUGACAAGGUGGAGAUUGGAAAAACAGUUAAGGCUUAUGUCAGAGUUCUGGAUGACUCAAAGAAACCUUUUCUGGCAAAAUACUUCCCUGUCAUGGAUCUCAGUCUCAGAGCGACAUCUCAGCUUGUCUCACUUGUUCCCCUGAGGGAGGCUCUGGAUGACCACACUGCUACUUUCCUGGUGCGUGGGAUGACCAUUGGGCAGACGAGUCUGAUGGCAACUGUGAUUGACAGAAGAGGACAGAGAAUCAACUCUGCUCCACAGCAGAUUGAAGUCUUUCCCCCAUUUAGACUAUUGCCAAGGAAAGUGACCCUGAUUAUUGGGGCCUUGAUUCAGAUCACUGCUGAAGGAGGCCCCCAGCCUCUCUCUAACAUCAUUUUCUCCAUCGACAAUGAGCACAUUGCAGCAGUGAACAGCUCUGGGCUGGUCAGAGGAGUGGCCAUUGGCAGUGGGGUGGUGACAGGAGUGCUGCAGGCUGUUGAUGCAGAGACAGAGAAGCUUGUGGCAGUGUCCCAGGACAAGGUGGAUGUUGAGGUGGUACAGCUGACAGCCGUGAGAAUUCGGGCACCCAUUACACGAAUGAAAGUUGGUACUCAGAUGCCAGUUUAUGUCAUGGGCAUCACCAGCACCCAGACUCCUUUCUCCUUUGGCAAUGCCAUGCCAGGGUUAACGUUCCACUGGUCUGUCAGCAAGAGGGACACUCUGGAUGUCAGGACAAGGCACAGUGAGGCCGCUUUUCAGCUUCCUGCAAACUACAACUUUGCAGUGGAUGUUCAUGGCAGAGUAAAGGGAAGGACAGGCCUGAAAGUUGUAGUGAAGGUCCUUGAUGCUGCAGCCAACCAGUUCUACAUGGCAAGAGAACUGUCUGAUGAAAUCCAAAUUCAGGUGUUUGAAAAACUUCAACUAGUCACUCCAGAGACAGAAGCAGAGCAGAUCUUAAUGUCACCAAAUUCCUUUGUUAAACUCCGGACCAACAGGGACCGAGUGGCCUCCCUGAGUUACCGUGUCCUGGAUGGACCAGACAAAGUCCCUGUUGUGACAAUCGAUGAGAGAGGAUUCCUUGUUUCUGGGUCUGUGAUUGGAUCAUCAACGAUUGAAGUGAUUUCCCAAGAGUUGUUUGGCAUCAACCAGACCAUCAUAGCUGCUGUUAAGGUCCGCCCCAUCUCUUACCUCAGGAUCUCCAUGAUGCCCGUUCUGCUCACCCAGAACAAAGAGGCACUGCUGGCCCUGCCCCUGGGUGUGACACUGACAUUUACAGUCCAUUUCCACGAUAACUCUGGAGAUACUUUCCAUUCACACAAUGCUGUGCUCAACUUUGCCACCAACAGAGAUGACUUUGUGCAGAUCGCCAAGGGAGCCGCCAACAACACCUUUGUGGUCAGGACCGUGAACGUGGGACUGACCCUGCUCAGGGUGUGGGAUGCAGAGCACAGUGGCACUGCAGACUACAUCCCACUGCCUGUCCAACAUGCCAUCUUCCCAGAGCUCCCAGAUGUGGUGGUGGGGGAUGUCCUGUGCCUGAGGACUUCGCUGACAGCCCAGGAAGGCCUGCCAGGCGUUUGGAGCUCCUCCUCAAGUGCUCUUCUUCUCGUGGACUCCAAGACUGGUGUGUCCCUGGCAAGGGAUUCUGGGGUGGUCACUGUCUAUUAUGAGAUCCCUGGGUUACUGAAAACCUACAGAGAGAUUGUGAUUAAUGCACCUCAGAGGACCACAGCAAUGCAUGUCAGUGGCAUGCAGACAAGUUUGCAGGGAGUGGCAGCCUCAAAAGUCAUAGUUUCAAUUGGGGAGACAAACAAAAAUUUGAAAGGGGAGUGUUCCCCUGCUCAGACUGAAGCCAUUGCUGAGUUACAACCCCAGUCCAUUAUCAGUUGCCAUCUCGAUUUCAACAGUGAUGCCUUUGACUUCCCAGCACAGGAUAUAUUUGUGGCAGAACCUGGAUUUGAUGCAAUUUCAGGACACUACACGUGCUCCAUCAGGAUGCACAGCCUCACUGACAAGCAGCUGAAGCACCUGAGCAGGAGCAAAGCCACACUGCAGGUGACAGCGGUAGUGCAGGGCAGCACUGUGCCCGGAGAGCAGCUGGGCACAGAGGUGCCCUUCAGCCGCUGGUUCUACGCUGACCAGGCUGAGAUGCUGCUCAGCAACCAGGACAUGAGCUCUGUCCUGAAAAUCUUCGGGGACAGUGAAAUCCUGGAUAGCCUGGAGGUGACAUGCGAGUCCCCAGCAGUGAAGGUGCAAGAGAAGGAGAAAUCCUAUGGGCUGCCCAGUUACGUGGUGUACACUGUGAGCCUGGCUGAUCCCAGAGUUCCCAGCCAGGGUUCUCUGUCCACCUCUCUGACUGUCUCCAGUCCCAUGACAGACCAGUCCAUCACCAUCCCAGUCACAGUGAUCUACCUGGCUGAUAGAACCACUGCACCCAUGAGAUAUGAAGCCAGUCUCUUCCAGCAGUUUGUUGAGUCUUACCAGGUGAUGAUCUUCACGCUUUUUGCACUCUUAGCGGGGACAGCUGUUAUGAUCAUAGCCUACCAUGCAUUUUUCUCACAGAAUGAACAGCACAAUCAGCCAGUAUUCCACCCAAGGACAAGUCUUCAGCACACCCCUAACAGUUCUCUUGUGUCCCCUGCACAUUCCUUCAGCUCCCAGGCCUCCAGCAGGCAGACGAGCCCCUCAGCCACGCUCUGGAGCACGGGAUAUGCUUCUCGGUAGAGGCAACACAUGAGACUCCUCCUCGUGCUGGCAAAUAAAAACAAAUCCACAAUCCAGUGCCUUAGCAAGCUCAGCAACUUUAGCAGUUGGGAUGCAAUUCAAGUUUGCUCUGGAAUAUAACUAGGUCCUUAAUUUAUUUUUUUUAAAUAUUUAGAGCUCUUUGAGUUUAUUUUUUAAUGUUAGUGCUGCAACUCUCAAAAGUUUGUUUUAUUUGUUGUUUUUUGCUACCUGCACAAAAACCAGCAUUCAUGCUAAUCUGGCUUUCUUGCACUCUUGAAGCAACUUGAAGUUAGAUAAUAUCUAAGUUAGAGUGAUAAUAAUUUUUAAUUUACUUUUUAAAAAAUUAGAUUUCUAAUGAUCUUUUUUUAAAAAAGGGAAAUUAGAAAAACAGAUGAAAUAUGAGCCAAAAAUUUGAAUGAUUGUAUAUUUUGAAGAACUAGUUUUUAUUUUGUGUUUCAAAAGCUCAGGAAUGUAUUGCACUGAUAAGUGUUUUUAUUUUUAGCCUUACACUGGGAUUCAUCAGCACAAUAUGCUGGUUUAACAUGAGGAGUGCUGGAACAACUGUGAAUAAUUUGGAAGUUUUCUUACAACAAUGAUUAAAAAAGAAAAAAAAGAAACCCAGAACUUAGUGUGUCUUCCUUUGGGUACAACUGCAGUAUUCCUUGGUACUGUAAGCACUUUUUUGAACUGGGAAUGUGAAAGCAUGUGCCUUCUAAGUGGACCUUUCUUCUGGUAGGAUGGCUUUAUUUUGAGGAUAGAAUCACAUCCCAGUCACUUUUAUUUGUAAGCAGGGUUUUGCAGCUAUCAAAUACGGGUUUUGUUUACAUAUAACAAGCAUCCCAGUUUUAACUGUGAAUAACUGUGGCUGUCUGAACUCUCCUAAGGACCAUGAGGAAAGUAAAAUAACAAAACACUUCAUGCAAAGUACUUUGUGUGCAGAACUAUGCAGGCAAAUAGAUGAAUGGAAUGCAGACCUAGUGCAGGGUGUAGAGUUUUGGUUUCACACAGUGUUAAAAACAAAGGGAUUUUUACAUGUAAUUGUAUUGAGUCUUGUUUAACUUGCUGGCUAGUUUUGGAGAAAUUGUGCCUUAAGUGCUAGUACAACUUAAAAGUCAGUUUGGAUGUAGAUAAUCAUUUGAAUCUGUAUUAAAGCUUUUUAAAGACUCCUUUAUUUUGAAUUUUCUUGUGGUUUGGCUGUUCAGAAUCUAGCACUGGACAAUAUUAUUUGAAUCUGUAUUAUUUAAUAAAGCUUUUAAGGAUUCCUUU